AGAUGGGAGAGAGUGCAUAUAGACUAUGCGUAUCGCGAUCAGCAAUGGUUUCUUGUGCUGGUGGACGCCCAUUCUAAAUGGAUUGAAGUGUUUGUGAUGAACAGUACUAGUAGUGAGAAGACCGUGGAAAAACUGCGCAGUGUGUUUGCGGCGUACGGGCUACCGGAAGAGGUAGUGACCGAUAAUGGGCCUCAAUUCACAUCAGCAGAUUUCGAAGUCUUUUUGAGUAGGAAUGGCGUCCUACACAGCAAGUCUCCGCCCUACCAUCCCGCCUCCAAUGGCAGCGCGGAACGCUGCGUACAAACCGUGAAAAAGGCUUUGUUUAAACGAGUGCUGGACGAGCAGAGAAGCGGCCAUGCGAAGUCUCUGCAACAUCGCGUCGAUCAGUUCCUAUUUAGUUACAGGAACACACCCACCGGGACAACCGAUGAAACUCCGGCCCAGCUGUUCCUGUCCUGGAGGCCCAGAACAAGACUGAGUCUGCUGCACCCCGACAUAGAGCAACGAAUGAAAAAGAGACUCGAGCGAACCAAAGAAUACGCAGACCAGCACCGGGGACCCUGGAGAGAGUUCUCUGAGGGUGACCAAGUUAUGAUAAAAGGCUUACGGGCCGGAGAUUCCAAAUGGCUGACGGGCACAGUGACGAAGUGCCUCCUCAAUUUCAAUUAUAAAGUCUCUUUUGGGAACUACACGUGGGGCUAG